UUCACUCCAAUACCUAUGGGGUAUUUAUACCGGGGUUCUGUGCGCUCGGAGCGGUGUUUCCUCGCCGCCAGCCGGCGUUCCCGCAGCUCCGAGCGCCGGAGCCGGAGCCCGGCCCCGCUCCGCCCCCGCCCGCCCCGCCCGGGGCCGCCCCGCGCCGGCGGCAGCUCCGGAGCGCGGGGGCGGCCCCGGGCCGGCGCUUCCCGUGCCCGGCGGGCAGCCACGCUCCGGGCAUCCCUGACGCGGCCGCCCUCCGCUUCUCUCCGGCAGGAUUCCCGGGAGGAUGGCAUGGAUUUAGGCAGCGACGCCGGCAGCAGCCGCUCCAGCUCGGAAUCCAACUCCAGCAAAGCCACGCCGUGCUCGGAGGGCAAGUCCUCGCCGUCCCCCAGCAGCCUGGAGCUGGCGGCGCUGGACGACUCGGAGGAGGAGGAGGGAGAGGAGGAGGACGGCGGCUCCCCGCCGUCCCCGCCGCGCUGCCCGGCCGCCCAUGGGCGCCGCUGCGGCCCCGGCGCCGCCGCUGCCCGGCGCUGCCCCCGCCCGCGGCCCCCGCCCCGCUCGGACCCCGCGCAGCGGCGGCGCGGAGCGGCCGCGGGCCCCGGCGGGCGCAGGAGCGCGGCGGCGCGGCCCCCCCGGGACCCGCGGCCCCCCCGGGACCCGCAGCCCCCGGCCAUGGACUGGGCAGCCCUGGAGCGGCACCUGGCCGGGCUGCAGUGCCGGGAGCAGGAGCGCAACUCGCGGGCCAGCCCCGCCUCGGCCCAGAAGAAUGAGCGCGAGUCCAUCAGGCAGAAGUUGGCCCUGGGCAGUUUCUUCGACGAUGGCCCCGGGCUCUACACCAGCUGCAGCAAGAGCGGCAAGCCCAGCCUGUCCUCCCGGUUGCAGAGCGGGAUGAACCUGCAGAUCUGCUUUGUGAACGACAGCGGCAGCGACAAGGACAGCGACGGCGAUGACAGCAAGACAGAGACCAGCCUGGACACACCCUUGUCACCCAUGAGCAAGCAGAGCUCGUCCUACUCGGACAGAGACACGACGGAGGAGGAGUCGGAGUCCCUGGAUGACAUGGAUUUCCUCAGCAGGCAGAAGAAGCUCCAGGCUGAAGCCAAGAUGGCCUUGGCUAUGGCCAAGCCCAUGGCCAAGAUGCAGGUGGAGGUGGAAAAGCAGAACAGGAAGAAGUCGCCAGUGGCGGAUCUGCUGCCACAUAUGCCUCAUAUAAGUGAAUGCCUGAUGAAGAGAAGUUUAAAACCCACUGACCUAAGGGACAUGACCAUCGGGCAGCUACAGGUGAUAGUCAAUGACCUUCACUCACAGAUAGAAAGUUUGAACGAGGAGCUGGUGCAGCUGCUGCUGAUCCGGGACGAGCUGCACACGGAGCAGGAUGCCAUGCUGGUGGACAUCGAGGACCUCACCAGACACGCCGAGAGCCAGCAGAAGCACAUGGCAGAGAAGAUGCCAGCCAAGUGAGCUCCUCAUCCUGCCUCUGUCCUGUCCAGGGAAUUCCAGAAUCCCCAUGUUGCUCAUUGACCAUGUCCGAAGCUUUCUGUCUGGUGAUUGGCCUCUGCUUCUUAAUUUAUUUUAAUUUUUUUACUCGUGCCACUAAAUAUCAGGCAUUUUAAUAAUAAUAAUAAUAUUAUUAUUAUUACAGAAACAAAGAGAAUUGUACAGUACUUAUAACAUUAUAAAUCAUGGGCGAGAAGAGAGGGUAGCUUAACUUUAUUUUUGGUUGUUUAGAGACUUUUUGGGUUGGAUGAUAUUUUACCAUUGACUACUUUUUUAUUCCUCACUGUAGUUUUCAAAUAAAGAACCUGUUCUUGACGGUGCUAUACAAGUCAACAACAAAAAAAAAUCCAUGCCUGCCUCGUAGUGACGUCGUAGCUUUCAGUAAUCUGUACAUUUUCCUCAGUUCUCAACGUUUUGGGGAAUGUUGACUACCUGACAUUCGUUUUUAGGUGUGCUAUUAACACUCGGUGGGGUGCAGAGAGUUGGAAGUUUUCUGUAUAAAGCUGUAAAAUAAAAAUUACCACCAUUGUUUCCUA